AAAUCAUAACUCUAAUAUUGCCACUAGGUGGGUCGAGUAUAAAGCGUUCUCCUGUGAAUACUCCCAGUCAAGGGAAAAAGUGAUUGUUUAAGUGAACCAAGUGAUUUUUAUCAGAACUAAGAGUUGGAUAGAUAGAUAUCAUGGACGGGGCUGUCAAAUCUGAAGGAAAAAAGAGAGAGGGGAGAAAUAAGUUCUCUGCACAUAUUGUGAGGAAAACACGAAAGCCGACCAGGUAUAACGCUGAGUACCCUACAGACCUGGAUAUCUUGGAGCAUGAUGAGCACGAUCUUAACUCCUCAAAUUCACCCGACACCCAGAUCAACCCAUCCAACCAGUCCCUCCACCCGGAGAACAAGUCAAACCUCUCCGUCCAGUCCAACAAAUCCAAGAAAUCCAUCAUAAUAUCCAAACCAAUGAACUCGGGAAACACGGAGAGGAAUGCGUCCAACCUAACCCCGGAGCCACCUAGGAUCCUAGAACCCGGAGAUAGGCCUGGUAGAACAAGUCGCAGCUCAGGAACCAGUAACCAGGAAAAGAGUUCCGUCACAGUGUUCCAACAUCCGGAUGCUCCGUUCCUAAAAAUAACAAUCCCAAGGCCAGCCAACUCGGAACGUUCCAAAUCUGUCAGAGAAAUGUGUGAAAGUAUUGAGUCAAGUGGAUCACCAAAACUCUCUUUAAGAAUGCCUCGACCCACGGAACCAAGAAAUGGGGGCAACCUUGCCCCACCCCGCCUUGAGCCUCACAAAUCCAGAUCCCUCACACCGCCGAGGAAUAGACCGCCGAUUCCGCCGAGCUCUCCUAGGAACGGAUCUACCGGAGAAAAGACGACCGUUCCUUGUGAUUCUAGUUCCAGUUCCAGGACAGAGAAACCCAACCUAAGCUCAGGUGUGGCUGCCCUGUACCAACGCGCAACUGAUCUAAGAUCUAGUUUAGAUCUGCAUGAAUCCAGCUCCCUCCCCUCCUCCCUCCCCUCCACACCACAGAAUCCCAGGAAAAUAGGGUUAAGCACGCUGACCCCUCCAACAAGCAGGAAGAUUGGGUCUUGUGUAUCUCCACACACCUCUCCGUAUUCAUCAAAGAUUGAUAUCUCUUGCACUGCUCCGAUUCAAAUCUCCGUGAAACCGUUCCAGUUCUCCACUCAGAGAAACUCUGAUCCUACUCCGUCCUUUCCUAAAUCCACAUCCACGCGUUCAUCUCUCUUCAACUCCGCCACGCCCACCACCCUUCUCUCCACCCCUACCACGCCCUCGUCCCGCCCUGUUUCUCCGGGACCCUUCACGAGUAAGCUGAGAUCAGGGAGUAGAACCCGCUCCCCACAGAGAGAGGGGAGUAGAAAUCACUCCCCCUCCCCUGACAGGGGGAGACAGGGUGGGGGGUUAUGUGUUCCUGAGGUAGCGAACAGGAGAGGAGUGUCCCCCACCCCCUUGGGGAACCUGAAGAAAGAUAGAGUUGAAACAGGUGAGUUAUCUGGAAUUCAGGCCUGCUGUGAACCAGUAAAGUAAACUACAUGUUUUGGAAUACAAGUUUUCAUGUUUAUAUUUUUUUAGAAGAAAAAAACUGAUCAAUUCAUGUCUAGAUUUUCUUGUUGUCUUUAAUCAAAUUAAAUUAAUUCAAAAUCUGCAUUAAAAAAACAUCAUGCCCCCCCCCCUUCUCCAGCAAUUCCACCUUCCCUCACAUCACAACCCUAAUUCAGUAAUCAUUCUCCC